AUGGGAAAGCAAGGGUCCCUGUUGGGACCAACGUGUGCGACCUUACCUGAAACGGAGGAGGAAGAGGAGGAGGGGGAAGCGUUGGCAGGAGCUGGCUGGGUGCGGGGGGGACGCGAGCAGAGGCGCGGUGCGCGCAGGCAGCGGCGGGCACGAGCCCCACGCCUGGAGGAGGAGGAGCCAGGCCCGAAAGGAGGGCUAACGAGGUUCUCGGCAACGCAGGGACGCCCCCCUACCCCCGCCCAGAUACCGGGUAACCGCCCACCGCCCGCCGCCCGCCGGGCACCUGCCAGGGCACAUCCCCAAGCGGCGGCGAGCGCCUCUCCCGGCGCCCACGCCGCGCCGGAGGAGCGGAGCCCACUCGCCGCCCGGGACUGCGCCCCGCGGCCGCCCUCAGGGACUCCCUGGAGGCCCCGAGGUUCCAGGGGGCUGCUGGUGGGUGCUGGUGCGGCUUCGGGGACGCGGUGUGUUUGUGCGGCCCUAGAUCCCCGGGACCUCGCCCUGCCGCCCGCCCCCCAGCGUGCCCUGGCUCCGGAGCGACGUGGCUGCCGAGGAGAGGUACAGCUCCCGCUGGAAGGCGAGGGGACUCAUCACGCCUGUACUUGGUCAUCAGCGCAUCCACGCAGGACCAAGUUCGAGGCAUGUUGCGUGGAAUCAGACAGCAGGAAGUUUCUCAGAUUUCCUGAGCCCUUCUGCUGUACCACUCAUUCCUUCACACUCCUGCAAUCAGGACCAAUUUCUCUUCAAAGCUCUGAGGGCUGGAGACUUCCCUGGAGCUGGUCAGUCAAGUCAUCUGCAAAUUAUUGGGAAACCCGCUCACUCUCAGCAAUUCUUUUCCCCAAUAUCUUUUCACAAACGUCCUCCCUACGUGGAGGACAAACUCAAUCAACCGCUCCAAAAAAGUUUACGUACUCCCCACCCUACCCACCUCCACCCCCAGCAGAAAGGAACCUGCUGUGCUUCUACUACCUCUGCAAAUUCUUUCCGCAGCGGGGCGGGGCGAUAAAAUCCAAACGUGCAACUUGAACAACAACAAAAAGAGAGACAUUUUCCUCUUCGUACUGCAGAUAAGCAGCAGAAAAAUGCAUGUCACCUUGUUCAGCCCAAUGGAACCCUUGCUGGUAGCAUGGGCCAUGACAAGACAGGACAGACUGGAGCCACUGGCCAGGACUGAAGGCUGAACACAACUCCAUUUCUCCAGGACAAGCUCCUCUACUCAGUGUUUCUACAACUCUUCUCCAACUUUUUUUGAAAACUGAUAAUAACA